CUGCUCCCGCUGCCAGCCCAGUUAUUUUUGGCACCCUCGAGGUUGGCUGUCCAGUCUCUGCCGCGUGCGUUUGCCAGCUGCGAAGGGGGGCCCCUUGUGCUGUAACCAGCCCCGGCUAACUUGCACGCAGUGCUCUCAGCGCCCUCACGUUGCUCGCCCAGGGCCGUCUCCAGCGCUAGCAGUGGCUUCUUUAGAGGGUGGUGGUGCCUGGUUGCCCGCGGGUAGCGCACAUCUUUGUUUGGCGGCUUGCCACCGGUAUAUGACGCUAAGCCCAGCCUUGCAGCUCCCAGGAAUUUAACUGCCAUACUCCCCUGUGUCGCGAGUCAACGGCUCUCGAGACCCUUUGGACAUACAUUUUGACGUUGAAGCAAUUGUAUAGCCAUCAGAUCAUGUCCGCCAACGGCUUCUACUUCGGGCAGCAACCCGCCUCGCAGCCGCCCAGGCUGUCGUUCAACGGCGACCUCAAUGAUAAUAACAGCGAUAGCCUCGCCUCCAACAAUCCCUUCCGCAACAUGCGCACUGCUUCUCCAUCCUUCCCCACGACGCCUACAUCGCCCUUUGCCGACCCGAUGCCGUCCUCACGCCCUCUAUCGCGGAACCCUUUCUUGGACCAGCCUCUAGCACCACGGCCGGUUGACAACCUGGCUGCUGCUGGUGCUGCUGGUCCCGACAAGACUCAGUCUCUCACUGCUGAAGACAUCUUUGGAUCUCUGACGCUCGACGACUCUCCUGCCUUUUCACUAAAGCAGCCGCCUGGCGACUCGCAGCCCAAGAAGCGACCUACAGACCGGCCAGCUCCUCCUCGUCGUGAAAGCGAAAGCCAGGCAUCCAGCAAGCAUCGCCCUACCCGCUCUCAGGAAGAGGCCCUGAGAGCCCGCAAGCCACCCCCAAAGAACGCCCCGUCGAGCACUACCCGCCCAAGCCUCUUGGACGAUUCGCCGCCUCGUAAGCCGGUGCAGCGACGCCCGAGGCGCAACUCUGAUUCAUCAGUCAUGGAUUUUGAUCUCACUGCUGAAGAGAAGAGGAUGAUUGAGGCCAAGCGUCGGGAGAAGAGCAAGGCCAAGCAGCGCCCCAGCCGCAAAAUGGACAUUAUUGAUCAGCUGGACGCCACCAGCAUUUAUGGAACAGGCUUAUUCCAUCACGAUGGGCCUUUUGACGCCCUCAACCCUCACCGAAAUCGCCAGAACAGCAAGAAACUGUCUCCGAUGCAAGCCUUCCCAGAGGGCUCUCUUAACAACACACUUGGCGGUUCCGGCCCACUCAACGCCCAGGCUGACCAUUCGAACUUUAUGGGCCACGGCUCUGACGAGGCAUUCCGUGACUAUGCCGCUAGCGGCAAGAGCAAGAGUCGAGAACCCGUUAUCUUUGACUCAUCGUCUCGUGCCAGUUUGGUGCACGGAGACGAGUCUCAUGGACUAGGCACCUCAACCUUCCUUGAAGGAACGCCGGCCGCAAGAUCGGCCAUUGUCCGCCGAAACGCAGAGCAGGCUCAGGAGUUUGCUGAAGGUGGCUUGCAGCGGAAGAAGUCUGUAGCACAGAGAAUCAAAAACAGGGUGCGACCAGACUACAGCAACAGACCCAUGCCUGGCCACGGCCGGUAUGAAUCCGACGACUUUGGCGAGUUUGGCGGUCGUGAAGAUGUCAGAGCCCCGAGACCUCCUCCUCGUGAGCGUGAACGCGAGCGUGAGCGCGAGGCCAGGCCAUCACCGCCACUGAAGCCACGACAAAACUCAGCAGCAGGUGCGUUGGAGGGACGAAGCGCGGAGGCACUACCAUCUCCAUCCGACGAGGCUCCCGCCAAGCCAUCAGGCCUCUUGGGCCGAAUGAAGAGUUUGAAGGGAGGCAGGCGACCAACCAGGAAUGCCGAGGCACCGGGGAUGGCUACCUAAAGCACAUUGCAUUUGGAUUUGGCAAAGCGUGAAAUUGUGAAAGCAGCAGCUGGACGAUACGAAUGUUCGGUUCCCCAUGGUCUAUAAAAAUGAUAUCCGCAUGACAUUUUCGGAGAGAGAAGGGGGAUUAAGAAUGAUGAGGAGGAAGGGAAGUUUUUUUUUUUUUUGUUU